CCAACCUUCUCUUAUGUUUUAGACAAAGGGAUGGUGGACUUACCGUUUUUGUUAUGGUAAAGACAUUACACAAUUUCAUGUGGAAGGUCAUGGUGUGGCGGGAGAUAUUGUUUAUUUAGGACAUUACAGUUCAGAAGAAGAAUGGACAGAAGAGAAAGAAAAGGAAACAAAGAAGAAAAAGUUUGCACCACGUUUUCAUAGCCAGGUCUAUCUAAAUGGAACUAAAUGUGACAUUACAGGAAAACCAAGAAGAGCCCAAGUGAAGUUUUUAUGUGAGAAUGGUGUUGGUGAUUAUGUUGCUCGUAUUGAUGAACCAGUGACUUGUCAGUACAUUGUAUAUGUGCACACAACUCGCAUUUGUCAUCAUCCGUUCUUUCGUCGAGGUCAGCCAAUGAAAGCUAGUCCAAUUAAGUGUUAUCCACUGCUAGAGGACAAUGAAUAUGCAAGAUACAUGAAAGUUUUAGAAGAAGAGGAGCAAGUCAAAAGGAUGGAAAUGGAACAUCAAGAAUCUGAAGUCUUGAACAAGCAGACCAGUCUUCCUUUUGACUCUGGAUUUUCUGAUUAUGAUAUGGACUCAGAGCCAUUUUAUGAACCAGGAGAUGAAGAUGCAGCAGCACGUAAACACGAGGCAGACUAUGAUCGAAGGCACAAGUAUUCAAGUACACCUCUUACUGAAACCAUGAAAACUAAUUGGUUGAAGAAAAUCUUGAGUUUAAAAAAUGGUGAAGAAGAUACGAGUGAACAUGAAAGUAUUAGCAAUAAUGAUGAUGGUGAUAGUGGUGGUGGUGAUGGUGAUGAGGAUGAUGAUGAUGAUGAGGAUGGUGGUGAUGGCUCUCUAAAGAUGAACAAGGUGGUGAAGAAAGUGAUGAAUCUGUUGUCAGAGUUGAAAGAUAAUGAUAAGAAAGAAAUAGCUGAUGAAGAAAAGAUGGAAAAUAGGCAAGGAGACAAGGGAAAAAAGAAAACGAAUAGUGGUUACGACAGCAACAAAGUGCCUGGUGAUAGCAAUAAUUGGAAGGUUCGUGUGAGGAAGAUGGCACAAGAAGAGACAGAUCAUGAAAUGGUUGAGGACGAAGAAGAGGAGAAGCAUCUUGAAAUUACUGAAGCAUUGAACAAGAUGAAGAAGAAGCUAGAGAAUAUGAUUAUGCAGAAGUUAAAAGAGGCUGGUGUUAGAACAGAAGGAGAGGUGAAGGUGAAGUUUGUCACAGCAACUGAUGCAUAUUCUCUUUCUGGUGAUGAUGGCCUACACCAUCUCAGUGAUGAGGAAACAGAGGAGUUACAGGAGUUGUUUAUUGAAAAGUUUAUAGGGCAACAACGCAGGUGCAAAGAGGGAACAAGAACGACACAGUAACCUUGAAUCAAACUAUGGGAGGGUUUGGAGUCAUGUACAAGAUACCAAUGACAAAGAAAUGCAGACUGAGCGUUCAGAAACUGAACAAAGAGAUGAAUGAAAGGCCAUUGUACAGCAUGUGUUAGAAGACAAUUGGUUUCAAUCCCGAUUGCUAUUAGUCUUUAGCAGAAAUAAGGUAAUAGUGUACAGUGAGAACUUUUGGUACAAAUAAUGAUUUUGUAUUAUUACUACAUAUGAAGAGGGAGACAAGA